AUGUCACACUUCAACCACACCAGCACCUCCUUCUUCCUGACAGGCCUCCCAGGCCUUGAGACUGUGCACAUUUGGCUCUCCAUCCCUCUGUGUACCCUGUACAUGACCUCUCUGGCAGGGAACAGCCUAAUCCUCUGGGUGGUGAAGUCAGAGUCCUCCCUGCACCAGCCCAUGUACUACUUUCUGUCCAUGCUGGCAGUGACAGACCUGGGCUUGUCUGCCUCCACACUGCCCACCAUGUUCACUAUCUACAUGAUGAGUCUCAAGAAGGUACCUAUGGACCUGUGCCUCACCCAGCUCUUCUUUAUCCACACUUUCGCCAUCAUAGAGUCCUCUGUGCUCCUGAGCAUGGCCUUUGACCGUUUUGUGGCCAUCAGUAACCCUCUGCGCUACAGCACCAUACUCACAAGUCCCCGGAUUGCCAGUUUAGGCCUAGCCAUCAUGGUACGCAGUGUUGGUCUCCACAUCCCAGCCCCCAUCAUGCUGAAGAAGCUUCCCUAUUGCCAGAACUGCCUGCUCUCCCAUUCCUACUGCCUACAACCAGAUGUCAUGAAGCUGGCCUGUACUGACACCCACAUCAACAGUGCAUAUGGCCUCUUUGUUGUUCUCUCUACUCUAGGUUUGGACUGUCUCAUUGUUCUCUCCUAUGGGCUGAUCCUCCAUACAGUGUUAUCUAUUGCCUCCAAGCCUGAGCGCUUCAAAGCUCUCAACACCUGUGUUUCUCACAUCUGUUCUGUGCUUCUCUUCUACACACCUAUGAUUGGCCUGUCCAUGAUCCACCGAUUUGGGAAGUGGGCUUCCCCAUGCAGCCGUGUAUUGCUCUCCUAUCUUCACUUUCUUAUACCUCCAGUGCUCAAUCCAGUCGUUUAUACCAUCAAAACCAAGCAGAUUCGUCUGAGGAUGCUACGCAUCUUCCAGUCGGUUGGAACUGGUAUUAGAAAUACCUAG